AUGUCAUUUAGGCGGGUGAACAGGUCGAAGAAAGUACCUGGAGUAAAGCUCCGUCCGGCCGCCCCUGGCGCCACGAAAGCUCUACAGUCUCCCGAGUCUACUUGGGCAAAAAGCUCGCAGCUCUCGGACGAAGAGAGCAUCGCCAACGACCCUACUCCUCGACCAUUGAAGGGCGUUGAGCUUUGCAUUACUGGCCUCAGUCAUGCUACUAAAUCCAUCUUAUUUGCCAACGCGGCCGUUUUGGGAGCACGACAUAGUGCGGACUUCACCGAUCGAAUAACGCACUUGAUCGCAGAUGAACCGGGUAGCGCAAAGUAUCAGUGUGCCCUCGAACAUGGGAUUCCGAUAAUGCACCCGUCAUGGAUCGAGGAGAGCUACGCGAGAUGGAAGCAGGGUGAUGAUGUGGACUUGAAGGCGAGCAUCAAGAAGCACCAACUCAAGCCUUUCGUUGGGGUUGUGCUGUGUCUAUCUGGCAUCGAAGACGUAACCAAGCGACAAGAGAUCGGAAGACAUGUCACCAAGGGCGGAGGCACCUACGUGAAAGUGCUGGAACGCCCGGUAGUCGUCACGCACUUGCUCUGCGCAAACGACAGCGAGGCGAACAGCGAGAAGGUCCGCUAUGCGCAGAAGUUCAACAAACUGGGAGAAGCGCGGAUACAUAUUGUCUGGGAGGAUUGGUUGUGGGACUCGCUGCAGUAUGGGGGCCGGUUCGAUGAAGAUCAUUACGAAGUCUCGAAGCCCCCUCCUCCUCCACGAGAGCCACCUAAAGUUGCUCAAUCCUCAUCUUUGGCUGACGAUGACCACGACCUCUCCUCCGAGCUACAGCAGGCGGAGAUGUCUGGGAAGAGUCCCAAACUCACCAACACACCUACACCAGCGAACGACGACGAAGAGGAAAUUGCGUCGGUGAAGCGCGUCCCAGCCGUGAAGUUGCAUCUCUGGCAGAACGUCCUCAACUCCCGCGGCUUUGAAGUCCAGAACGGCCGCCUCGUCCGGAGCCCCUCGAAAUCGCAAGUCUCAGCACAACCGCUGCCACGAUUACCUCCAGAUUCCCCGACUCGCGCAAAGCCAUCCCGACGCGGCGUCCUCAGAGGUGGUGAAGACAGCGACGACGACCGCCCCGCGCCGAAAAGCGCAAUCAACGCAUUCAGUCGCGCGCGCUCGUUCAGACCAGCCACGAAGGACGUCUCCACCCCUGCCGUGGGCGUACGGCAGCCCUUCCAGCGCACAUCCACCUCCACGCGCGCCAUAUCGUUCCUCCAACGCUCGGUCGGCAGCAUCCAAGCACAGGGCGGGAUGUCCGCAGACGUGCCUGUCGCCUCUACCUCCGCCAUCGCGGGACCCAGCCGCAACGUCAGUGCCGCCCCGGAAGACCAGCCAGGCGAAGACGCACAGCUCUCGGACGCCGCGCGGACGCUCUUCAAGGGCCUGCGCAUCCGCGCGCUCGGGGAGGCUCGCAGCGCGAGCGUGAAGAGCGCGAUCGAGGAGCGCGGCGGUACUUGGGUCGGGCACGACGACGACGGGGACGUCGACCUCACGAUCGUGCGCCUCGUCAGCGGCAGCGUGCUCGCGCAGCAGGAGCCAGACGCGGGCGAGCGCGCGAAGUUCCGGACGGAAUGCUGGCUCGAGCGGUGCAUCUUCGAGGAGCGCGUGUGCGACCCGGGCGAGCACGCCGCGUUCGCGCCGAUCGAGGCGGAGGUGCCUGUGUCCGGGGCGGACGCGCUGCUGCUAAGCUUCUCGGGCCUUGACCACGCGGAGGCGUUCUGGGUCAAGCGGUUACUCCGUGCGCUCGGUAUAGCGCUCGCGCCGAACUUUUCACGCCGAUCGACGCACCUGCUGUGUCCAUCCGGGGUCGGCGCGAAGGCGGACAAAGCGCGGGAGUGGGGGACCCCCAUCGUCGACGUCGCGUGGCUGGCGGUCAUUGCGCGGACGGGCGAGAUCCCGCUCGCACCACCGUCGUGUAUGCCCGAUGCGGAGGAGCUCGACCUCCAGGUCCAACCAGUGGAACCAUUUGUACCGCAGCACACGCAACCCGCGUCUACUCCGCCGCUGCGGGUCGAUACUAAGGGGAAGGGGAAGGAGAAGGCGACGGAGGCGAUGAUGGUGGACAUCACGAACGCAGAAAACGGGGGCCUGCGGCUGCAGCAGUCGCUUUCCUACAACGACCUCGAUGAACCGUGCCCUGGACAGAUGGAGCAGCUGGAAGCGGAGGCGGAGACGGAGGCGAAUGUCGAGGCGUUUGGUCGCCCCGGCCUCCUGCUGGACGACCCCGGGGACACUGCAACACUCCCUGGCACAUCCCCUGCACCAAGCUCCGACGACCCGGGCGCAACCCAAUCUGAGGCAGAGGCGUCUAUACCGUCGUCAAAGCCACUUGAUGGGCGGGUCCCAUCCUCGGAGUCCCCCUCACCGCUGCGCAUCCCCGGUGGCUCGAGUCCACACGAGCCUCCGUCUACCCCUUCACGGAGGGCGCUGGUGAAGAAGGCGACGAUGGACAUCCAGGCGCGCAUCACGUCCCUGCUCGGGAAGCGGCCCUCGGAGGAUGACGGGAACGAAGGCCCUGCAAAGCUCAAGCGGCACGACUCGCGGCGCCUGAAGCCCCUCCAACGAACGAAGUCUGCGAUGUCGCUCUCUGGCUCUCCGCAGAUGGACAGUCCGACGUCCGCGUUCCUCGCCCGCGCCUCGCCUGUGCCCCCUGUCGAGCUCGAGCUCAUCCCGCGCUCGCGCCCCGGCUCCGCCGCGAAGCCGACGUCAUCGUUGAGCAACGAGGCGGACACGACGAUGGAAGUCGACGGGGAUGGGCGCGAGGACGAGCCCGCGUCGGGGAGCACCGGGCUCGGCGUCCCGGUGGGGUAUGCGAACCCACAACAACACGUCGAGCUCACGCGGCUCAAGCACCUGCUCAACCGGCCGGUGGUGGACGCAGGCGCGCGGGAGUCGCAGUGGGGGAUCGACCCGGAGAUUGAGGCGGAGCUGACGCUGCCGCAGCUGCCGGACGUGGUUGAGGCGGCGUCGGGGAAGGGGAAGCGGCCUGUGCCGAGGGCGAGGAGGGCGAGGGCGAAGAAGGGGGCGAGAGCGUAG